AUGGAUCAUCUGGAGACGCUGAACUCGUUUUUUUGUGAUCGCUUAAUGGCUGCUGCAGCAGAAAUCUUUCAAGUAGUUAAGGACACUGUGGCUCAGUACCAGGACGAAAUUGAUCGCUCCAAACAGGAGAAUAUUUAUUUGCGGAAAAUGCUAGCGGAAGUUAGCAUCAGCAAUGGACCAGUUUCCACAGGUGCCCAGACCAGCCGGAGAACUGGGUUUCUUCCCGAACAGCAGAACAGUAAUCAAGAGCUGGUGGAUUCGGAAACCUCGCUCAUCCAAGUAAAGCUGGAGCUGAGCACCAUGGAGCAGGAUCUCUGCCCUGAACAGGAGGAUGUUGAGGCGAGGGAUGCACCUACCCAGCAUGUCCCUUCGCCCCCUGCCGAGGAUGUCACGGUCAAACUAGAGCACGGUGAUGCCCAGGUGGGAUCCGGUGACGAGUUACCCUCCUGUCCGACGAACUCUGAAAGCCAGUUCGAACCGAACCCCCAAUCCUCUCAGCGCGACUUCUCUAACCUGCCGUUUCACUUGCAAAGCCCGGCUGCGGAAAAACUCUUCCGUUCCAAGGUGCGCCGCAAGCCUCUCAGGAGCGACGGGAACUCGAAGGGGCGUAAGCAUGCGCGCAGCAAGGAGAAAAAACUGCGCUGUGACUUGUGCGGGAAAUGGUACAGCACUCCUCACUCGCUCAAAAUCCACCUGAGGACGCAUACGGGGGAGAGGCCGUUUCCCUGCAAGUUCUGUGUUAAGACGUUCCACCAGAAGGCACACUUAAAGGAACAUGAGAGGACACACACAGGGGAGAAACCUUAUAGCUGUUCGGUGUGCGGGAAACUUUUUAGUCGUGCUCAGCAGGUCAGAGUACACAUACACUAUCACCAUCAGCACCAGGCGGCCACCAUUAUCAAAAACCAACAAUGUGCAUGAUGCGCUCGCAACGAUCAGAACAAUCGCAAGUUCUCUGGCUUUGUUCUUUUUUGCCUUUGAAAAUAUUUAUUGACUGCCUCGUGUAGGCGAGUGUGUUUGUGCGCACACGCACAGAUAAACAUUUUAUUCCUGCUUCCAGAAUGUGUAUUCUACCAGGACUGAUCAAAUGAGUAACAGAGAUUAGACAGUUUUGUAUUGUUUUAUAUUGAUACAGUUGAUUGCAAAAGUUUGCAAGGGAGAAAAAACACACCUUAUUCAUGGUAACAUUAAAGAAAAAUCUCCCCAAACAA